CACAUUUCGCCUGCACCCAAAGGAACCUCCAACAACUCAGCCUCUUCAACUUCUUAGCUUCGUACCAACAGAGAGACUUGUCAUUCGGCCUUUCGAGCAAUACUAUUACUUGAUUUUCGCCCUACUUACCGACCACUUAUCAUUCAUGGACAUUCCAAGCCACGAGCCAAGGCAUCAUGUGGCUUAUAUGGUUCUUGAAAGCCAUCGAUCGAUGGAAUUGCUGUUGGUUUAGGAAGCGUUCGGUGAUCUGAUCUGAUGGGUUCAAUCUAUCUACGUCCGCACUGACCAUUCAUCACCUUAUCGCAGAGUCAACAAACUUCCCCUUUCGUUCAGGAGCUGAACAUCGAAGGCCAUGAGCGCAGACAGAACUUUAUGAACCUUUUUCACAUGUUCUCUUACUUUGUUCCCAAACAUUCAUUCCUCUUCGACGCCCCUUCGACGCACUUUGGUGGGCUAGAAUUGGGAUUCGCCAUCGGAGAUCCGAACGCGCACAGGACCCUGCUGAGCCUGUAAGACUUGGCCGCCAAUCACGUUCCUCGGUUCCCUCUGUAAGCGCCCUCGUCCCGCGCUUGCACUUAUUGCUCCAUGGCCCCAUGAAGACAAGACGGCGCUCUUCCCUUCCUGUCAUCUUCAAGGCCCAUUGAUUGGGCACUUCAUCUUCUCCAUACACCCUGAAGCUUGAAUUAGAAAGCAGCCCGCACCACAGCCGCUAUGGCGGACGCGCAACGAGAGGCCAUCUGGGGCACUGUUCAGUCAGUCCCCUGCUACACUAGGGUAGAGCUGCUCAGGUACCAGUGGCACCCUUCAAUACAAAUGAGUCUGGACGCCGACUUGACGUCCGCGCCAGAUGCUCUUUUCUCCGAUCCCUUAACUUUUUCUCCCCCGUUUUCUGACUGUGAAUCUGUUUGAACCUCUCUUCUUUUGAACCGGCUUCUCACCAUAGCUAUCUCCAUUCUCUGCUGGUGGUCUCACAAACUCGGGCAACACAAGUGAUCUGCAGUCAGCUUCUUUUAUAAGUGCGGGGAAUCCCUCGAGUUUACUCCAAAAGUUCCCAUCGAGACUUGGCGAGGUUCAUCAAGACAAGGACCAUUCCUUUAACAAGCUCAAAACUAUCUGGGAAAGGAUUCCUGUGUUCGAGAAAAACAAACAAUCAAUAUGUCUUACUAUCCUCCACCUCCUGGAGCAUCCGGUGCUGCAGCCCCUGCUCAACACAGCUACCCACCUCCUCCCAUGUCUGCUCCUCCAACCCAGACAAAGUUCUCUUACCCAUCUCCUCCGACCACCCAGCAGCAAGGAAGGCAUUAUCCUCCUCCUCCUCAGUCCGCCGGCUCGUCUGCCACGCCGCCGCCCAAGUCAUCCACUCCUUCGUACCCCUUUCCUCCUCAGCAGCAGCAGCAGCAGCAGCAACAGUAUCAACAACCACCACAACAACAAUUCUCCCCACCACCGGCCCAGCAAUUUUCCCCACCACCGACUCAACAACACCAGCAAUAUGCGCCACCACCAGCCCAGCAGCAAGUGCAGCAACCGCAGCCUCAAUACGCGGCUCCCCCAGCCCAGCAGCAACAUGCUCCAACCGCCCUCCCUCUGCACAUGAGGACCGAUUCCAGCGCGUCCCGAACUUCUGCCCACACCCCUCCUCCUCAGCAACAGUUUGCCGCUCCUCCGCCGUAUGCUCAAGGCGAGCAGCAGCCCCAGCAGCAGCAGCAGCCAGCACCCACACAACCGGUUGGUCUGGGGUUGAGCACUUCGGCAGCGGCUGCCAUUACUGGUGCACCCGCCGCCGGACAGUUUUCCGGUGUAGGUGCGGUGUCGGAUGACGUGGGAACGUUCAAUGGUGGCAGUUACCGUAUCAGCCAUCGGGAUUGCAAUACUAUUUUGACUGUGCAGUUGGCGAUCGGUUGCCCGUUGGAUGCUAAGCCGGGAUCAAUGAUCGCCAUGUCCCCCUCCAUGUCCCUCAAGGGAGCCUACAAGUUUGGCUUGAAGAAACUUGUUGCCGGCGGCGAGAUGGGCAGCUCGACUUACACCGGUCCGGGUGAGUUGCUUUUGGCCCCUGCCAUGCUCGGCGAUAUCACGAGUCUCCGCCUGGAUGGCUCCCAGACCUGGUCUGUCAGCCACGAUGGAUACCUUGCUUCGACGCAGAACGUCACCAAGGACUAUAAGCGCCAGGGACUGGGAAAGGCCAUGUUCUCUGGUGAGGGAUUGUGGGUGUACAAGAUUAGUGGCACGGGGCUGUUGUGGCUGACGAGUUUUGGUGCCAUUGUUCGGAAAGAUCUGGCGGACGGCGAGAAGUACAUUGUUGACAACGGCCACUUGGUCGCAUGGAAUACCAAGUACGUUCUGGAACGUGUUGCUUCCGGCGGCUUACUAUCGGGCUUCGCUUCUGGCGAAGGACUGGUGUGCAAAUUCACUGGCCCUGGAACAAUAUUCAUCCAGACAAGGAAUGCGACUGCCUUUAGUGCGUUUAUGACCGGUCAAACAGCAAAGGCCUAGAGCUGGAUUAGGAUGUAGGAGUCGUACGGGAGAGUGAUACCUGUGGCGGUCGCAUUUGAGGCUGUGAACCUCGCAUCACUUGAUGUCCUUUCAUUCUGUUUAUUUUGAGUUUGUUAGCGAUGUCAUGUCGGCUUUGAGAUGUGUUCGGGAAUAGUUAAAAUGUCAGUAUCAGUGAACCAUGAGCCUCUUGUCCUGUCCUUAGACUAGAAGCUUGACAGCUUCGUUUCCGCUUGGCAACCUAUCGAUCCGCCAUGAAUGAGGUUUGGGAAACAGGCGACAUAGGCCUGGCUCUCCAAACAAUGAUACGAGAAGAUCCCACCGGGAAAAGACAGACUGAGAAACUUUGAACAGUGGAAAGAAAGUCCAAGUUUGCGAGUAAAAG